AUGGAAACGCAUUAUCCCAAUGAUGAGAAACUACUUAAUUUGAUGAAAGGCGCGUUUUCCCUUUCCGAAGAGCUGAAACAUUCUAUGGAAGAGGAUAUCAAGGGUGGGUUCGUUGAGGGAGAGAAAACGGAGCUGGUGCGGCGUUGCUUUGCCGAGCUCAUCCGACGUGAGGUCCAGAAAGGGCUCUGUGUGUCGUGUGUAAAACAUCUUAUGGGGGAUCUCUGGGUAGACGCGCUCAACGCAAGGGUGGGAGGGGCCGCGGCAAGCCCCACUCGCGUCUUUGCAGACGUCGCAUCUUUUCUUCGCGCGUUUCCCCCUUCCCCUUCCCCCUCUCAGCCCCCUGCUGGCGUCGUCGUCUUCAGUGCGAGCAGCGCGGGGGCGCAGCGGGCUUUUCUUCGCCACACCCAAUACGGCGAUCUCAGCGCGCACGUCGUCGACUAUGCUGAUACCGCGACCGUAGGAGGGAAGCUUAGCCCGCGGAGCUACACGAAGCUACGUCGCCACCUCAACGGAUGGAUGGCGCGGGAGGGCUAUACUGGGGAGCUCCGCCUCGUCUUCGUCUCGGAUAACCUGACGGAACUGUCCUCAGCGGAGGCCUCCGGGUCCGUGGACUGUUCGCUACUCUGUGUGCGGCCGUUUAGUAAGUGGAUGAACCUUGAGACCCUCACCGUGGUGGGGAUCCCGCAUAUCUGCAGUCUCGAGCAGCUCUUGGACCCGGAAGCCCCUGUCGAUCACGUAGCCAUCGUCGAGGAUGCGACUAAGCUAAUAGUUUAA